GGCCCCAGCUGCCUCAUGUUCUUUAUCAAGCCGUGUGCCAGAGGGCGCGUAUCAGUGCGAAGGGAACAGCGCACGUGUGAACCAGCUUCGAUCCUCCACCACAGCAAGAAUGGGAAACCCAGGAGAACCCUACCCCGGCAACCCCCCGCCCAGCUACCCCGGGGCCAUGCCCGCCCCGCCCAUGGUGACCGUGAUCACGGCCGCGGCGGUGGGGCCCGAGCCGACCCGCCUGACCUGCCCGCACUGCCACUCGCAGGUCACGACCAACGUGGAGCACUCGUCCAACUCCAGGACGCAUCUGUUUGCUCUCCUGCUCUGCCUGAUAUGUCCGCUCGGCUGCUGCUUUAUCCCGUACUGCACCAACUCGUGCAUGGCGGCUGCUCACUCCUGCCCCGUCUGCCACCAGCACCUCGGCACGUACGAGCGCUAGGAGCCCUGGCCGGCAGACCACUCUAACUUUUCGACAUCAGCAAAAGUUAAAUUAUAAAUACAUCACUACAACUGUGGACCUAACAAAUAAGAGUCGUUUUAUGUGUGGACCAUUCGUUAAGGAAGGGAUUUCUCUCUUCUAAAAUGCUACAAUUAUUUCGUAGAAAGUGCAUUUGCUACCCGAUAUGCGAAACGUAGCUGCAGCAGUUUACUAUACCGAUAAGCAUUCGAGGGGAAACUUUUCACUCCUCGCGCGAUAGAGUUUGUUUGUUUUCUUUUUAAUUAAAUUUAAGUUGUUUUUAUAACAA